GAUUCACGGUCACACAUAUUGAAAGUGUAGUGUAGUACGAGUUAACUUCGGAGGGGUGUCCAGUCCUCGUAUUUAGUGUUUAACUUGUGUGGUUUAAGUGUUAGAGAAUAUUUGUCAAAGAGGAUUCAAUUACGAAGUUCUCUGCGACAUUUUGAACAUUUGCAUGUCUUACCAAGUAGUCAGUGUUAGACGAACUCAUGGAGACAAGAUGGUCUGCAUCCUGCACAAGCACAGCUAACUUGAGAUUAAGCAGGCAACAAGAUGUGUCCGCUUUACCCGGUGCACCUGGUGUUGAUGUACGGGGCAGUGCUUGUGUGUGUGUGGGUGGCUGGUCUGGGAAGUGUUGUCACUGCUGCUGCUGAAGUUGCCACCCUCAAAGUCCGUCUCCAACUCAGCAACAAUAAUGACUCCACCAACAACAUCCUCAGUGUAAAGGAAGGCGAGGUGAAGCAAGUUACUUUUUAUAUUGAUGACCUUCCUCCUCAAGCUGUUGGCGAUAUACUAAUAAAGGAUGAGAGUGAUGACAAGUUAAACCACCUCAAGAUAGCACCUAACAAAAUUCCUCUCAGUCCUGCACUCACUGAGAACAUGGAAAAUGGCUCAGUUGAAGGAUCAUUUAACAUCACCGGCAAUUUCCUUGGAUUUACCAAGAUCAAGUUGGUGCUUAGUGAUGGGAAAGAUGAUGAACUUCUUGUCAGUAAACCAGUGGAUGUCUCGGUGCAGCGAGGACAGCGAGUGAUGGACAAGAUCUUCAUCCAUGUGGUGAUUGCAAUGGUGAUUGUGGCCUAUAUCAACAUGGGCUGUGCCAUAGACCUUAAAGUGAUCAAGCAGACGUUAUGCCGACCAGUAGCUCCUGCCAUUGGCCUCUUCUCUCAGUAUUUGUUUAUGCCUCUUAUCUCAUACGCCAUUGGUUAUGGGCUCUUCUAUGAUACCCCAGCAAUGUGGCUUGGGCUGUUUUUGACAGGCUGCUCCCCAGGUGGUGGUGGAUCUAACAUGUGGACCUACUUGUUAGGGGGCUCCCUUGACCUUUCUGUCACUAUGACUUUCAUAUCAACUGUUGGUGCUUUUGCGGCACUCCCACUCUGGGUGUAUGCACUUGCCAGCACAAUCUUCAAAGAGGGACACUUCUCACAACUUCCCUACAAGAAUAUUGCCAUGCUAGUAGUUGGUCUUGUCCUGCCAUUGUCUAUUGGUCUGUUGAUCCAGUGGAAGUCUCAGAAAGUUGCUGUAGUUUUGAAGCGUCUCUUGAAACCUGUCUCUAUCAUCUUCAUCAUCGUCAUGAUGACUUUUGGAGUGUACGCCAAUUUCUACAUUUUUUCCUUCUUUGAUUGGAAGGUUGCAGUUGCAGGUCUGUUGCUCCCAUGGCUUGGGUUUGUCUUUGGUGCUGUAACCUCCCUGAUCUGUCGUCGUAGUUGGGAGGAGUUAAUUGCCAUCAGUAUUGAGACUGGCGUUCAGAAUACUGGGUUGUCUAUUGGCAUUCUUAAGGUGGCCCUGCAAGAGUUUGCUCCACUAGGGGAUGUGACAAUGGUGAUUCCUAUUGCAGUGGCGACCAUGACACCAAUACCGCUCACCAUUGCUUAUAUCAUCAAGCGUAUCAGAGAAUAUCGUAAGCAAUCCUUCUCAAAAGAUGUUGAGUUUCCUUUUGAUGAUGAAGAGGCUAGGAAUGGUCAUCUGUCUUCCUCCAAUUCUGCAACACCACUCCACAAGGAUGCUAAUGGCAAUUCCAAGAUGGUAGUGGCUUAGAAGGAAAAUGCUCCUUUGUGUUGAUACUGUAAGUGCAGAAUUACACACUUCAAGAUCAACUGCUUGGAUUCUAUUAUUACAGAUGAAUUUUAUGCAGAGAAUUGUUGAGAGAAUAUGAUUAUAAUUUAUUAUUGUACUUAAAAUUUUUGUAUAAUAUGGCCCUGUUUGGAAACACUGUAGAUCAGGAUAAAGUUAAAGAUUUUUACUGUACCUGUGUACCUGUCAUGAUUAUCUGGAUUAAGCAGAAAUGUGAGGUUUGUAUUAAACAUUCUAAAGUG